UAGUGGAACUCCAGAGGAAAUCCGCAUCACUGUUGCUAAUGUAGAUUUGGCUCUCAGUAAAGGGGAAGUGGAAAUAGCGCUAAGCAUGCUGAGAAAUAUCACCCCAAGCCAACCAUAUUAUACUGAGGUUAAAGAAAAGAUGGCUCAGAUAUACCUUCAGAUACGGAAGGAUAAGAGACUAUACAUUGGAUGUUAUUGCGAACUGUGUGAACAAUUGCCAAGUCCUCAUACUAGCCUUCUCUUGGGAGAUGCUUACAUGAAUGUUCAAGAGCCAGAGAAAGCUGUGGAAGUAUACGAAGCAGCUCAAAGAAAGAAUCCUUUAGAUGCAACACUGGCCAGAAAAAUUGGACAAGCAUAUGUGAAAACUCAUCAAUAUAGCAAGGCUAUUAAUUAUUAUGAAGUAGCUCUAAAGAUGAGUGAGCAGGACUUCUUGUGCCAUGAUCUUGCUGAACUCCUCCUCAAACUCAAGAAGUUUAACAAGGCAGAAAGGGUUCUGAAUCAAGCUAUGGACCAUGACUCUGUUAAUGACUUGCCUUCCAUGAUGAAGGAUGUCAAGAGCCUGAUUUUACUAGCAAAGGUUUACAAAAACAAUAAAAAAGAAGAAGUGAUGGGAAUUUUGAACAAGGUAAUUCAUGAGGUUAUACAAGCCAUAUACAAUGCUAGAGAUAUUCCCUAAUCAUUUAUCAGUAAAAAUAGCUUAACUUCUUCUUUGAGUAGAUGCAGCUGUGUAUCCUACGUAGGGUGCUGAAGCCACAGAAUUUUGCCUAGCAGUACCUGUAGGAGCGCAAUGCUCACUCUUUGUGGCCUCCAGUUGUCCCAUCCAGGUCUGACAGUUCAGGGGCAGAACCCAUCCCUAGUGCAAGUGACUGCUUCAUCAUUGUCCCCCGAUGAUUUGAUGGUACCAGGCUCCCCUUUUCCCUCAGUGCCUGAGGACUUCAAGGCCUACCAGGACCUUUUGUGUGAUGUGGCUGCUAUGUUGGGCAUCUAGGCAGAGUUCCUGCAGGAGAAUAUUCACAAACUAUUGGAUAUUCUCCAGCUGUCUGCCCUGGGGACAGUAGCCCUUCCUAUUAAAGAUAUAUUUAUGAAGCCUGUAAAGGUUCUUUGGAGUAAUCCGGUUUUUGUGCUGCCUGCGGUGAAGAGUUCAUAGAAAUGCUGUUUGGUACCUAUGCAGGGUUUGGGGGGCUUCUAUUCCCACCUGGUCCCCAAUUCCCUGGUUGUGACUGUGGUGAAUGAUAGGACCCAGCAGGAUAGGUAUAAAUCUACCCCCAAGGACAAGGAGUCCAAGAGGCCUGACUUAAUGGGUAGAAAAAUCUCAACCUCCUCUUCCCUACAAAUGCAUAUUGCAAACCAGCAGGCAUUACUGUCAAAAUAUGAUUUCAUUAAUUGGACAGCUAUGUCUAAGUUUGUAGAUCAGUUACCUGAAGCCUUCAGGGAGAAAUUUUGAGUGUUUGUAGCUGAGGGCUGUUUGGUGGUCAAGACAUCCUUGCAAACUGCUUCGGAUGUGGCAGUUACAUUGGCCAGAGUUAUGGCUUCAGCAGUAACCAUGCAAAGGGCAUCUUGGCUGCAAAAUUCAGGCAUUGCACCCAGUGUGCAGCAGGUUACUGAGGACCUGUCCUUUGAUUGAUCAGUUCACUCACUGAUGAAAACUUGAACUCAUUUAAAGACUCAAGUUCUACCCUAUGCGCUCUGUGGGUGUAUACUCCAGCAGUGCAGAGAUGCCAUUUCGAUAGUUAGCAGCAGCACCAACAGUACCACUUGCAAUGCUCCUUCGGGCCGUCCUUCCCUCCCUUGAGGCAGAAAGACUACUCCAGAAGGGGUCAUAGAUCCCAGAGGCAGAGGCCUUUGGGUCCUUGGUUCGGCCAGUCAACUUGUUCUCCCCCGGUGUCUACCAAGAGUCUAUUUUGACUUCUUUGUCAAGGGCAGUAAUCCAGUCGUGACCUCUAUAUACCCG